AUUUGGAACCCGACGAAGUCUGAAUAGAAUUAACCAGUUUAAUAUAAUAUAUAUAUAUAUUAAUAUUUAAAAGUAUAUUAAAUUCUUGAUUAUUUAAUACAGAGUGCAUUGACGCAAUAAAUAUGGUUGAUAAAAUUGAUAUGGCCUUAGAUGAUAUUAUACAAGCUGGUAAAAAAGGCAGAGGUGGUGGGCCUGGACGAAAAUUUGAAACGAAAAGAUCAAGUCGUGGUUUUCGGGGUAACAAUCGUAAUGGGGGCGUCUUGCGUGGCAGUAAUCGUGGUGGAGUAUCCAAGCCCACAAAUUAUAAAAGGGGUGAUGUUAACAGCACAUGGAAACAUGAUAUGUUCAAUGAAUUCAGUGAUCAGAAGAUACAGAGAGCUGCACCAAUAACAACUGGACCUACCAAACUGCUUGUUUCUAAUUUAGACUUUGGAGUUUCUGACUCUGACAUACAAGAACUUUUUUCGGAGUUUGGCAUUUUAAAAAGUGCUGCUGUGCACUAUGACAGAUCUGGUAGAUCAUUAGGGACAGCUGAUGUACUCUUUGAUAGAAGAGCAGAUGCAUUAAAAGCAAUGAAACAGUACAAUGGUGUUCCUCUUGAUGGUCGAGCAAUGAACAUACAGCUAGCAACAUCAGAAAUAAGCACAUUUAGAGCAGAACCCAGAAGUAGAUCUGCAGGUGGAGGUGGUCCUAUUAGAAGAUUGUCUGAUAAAAGAGGUGUUAAUGUGAGAAACUUGACUGGAAGAGGAAGUGGGAGACGUGGUGGACGAGGAGGAAGAGAUGGAGGAGGAGGACAGAGAGGAAGGAAACCUGUCCCCACAGCUGAACAACUUGAUGCAGAGUUAGAUGCUUAUGUUAAAGAAAUAAAAUGAUGAUUACUAGUUGUAAUAGGUUUAGCUAAUAGGCAUCCUUUAAGAUAUAAUAUUUUUGUAAUUAUCAAUGACAACCGCUAAGUUGAAAAGAAUAUAAUUAAAGUAAGAAACUACAAGGUACAAGCUAAAAAAAACAAUAAAUUAGUGAGUGUCAAUAGUAUAAAGUCGAAAUUUACAGAAAUAUAGCAAAUGCUCUAAAAAACAACUUUCAUUUAAAUAAAUAAAAAUGUAAUCGUC